AGCGCUCAUGCCUGUCUCCUGCACCAGUACUGAAUCCAUCCCCGACCUGACUGGCCGUCCAGAGCGUUCUAGAAAUGCCAAAGGUCUGUACUUUACACCGCAGCACCCGCACCCCUUCUGAAUGCCGCUCUCAGCCCAAGCGCGGCAUCGUGCCAAGCGCAAGGCGUAUAUAAAGCAGGCAAGGCUGGUAUUGCAGCAAUCGUUCAGCCGACACUCAUUCCAUCAACUGCAGCUUGAGACCACAGUGACGAAGUUACAAGCCGCACUUACGCUUUCUCUAGAGCAGGUUGCGGCCCUUCCCGCACCUGCCAAUCCCGCCCGUGAGCUCGUGGAAGAGAACGAGGUUCUCCAUCGCCAAGUGGACGAACUUCGGCGGCAGAUGGAGGAUCGCAAUUCUCGCCUACGCCCUGACCUUGGGCGGCGACACGGCACAAUCGCUACUAGCCCUUACGUUCGGGGAGACUACGACACGUCGAGGCGAAGGCUCCCAGAAUCGCAAUCGCAAGUCUAUUUGCAUGCGCAAAAUGGCCACACUCAUAGCCGUCCUCCGCCAUUAUCCAUCCCUUCGUCAACCUCCUUCCAGACCCAGCCGUCGCAAUUGGGAGUAUACCCCGGAUUGACGUCGUCGGCGCUCACGUCAUAUGGGAUGUAUCAAAUUCCUGGCAUUCCUUCAAGCUCGGGCACAAGCACCGCUUCGAUUUCUCCGUUCUCGCCCUCAGGCGACUAUACCCCACCGUCGACGACCAUUCAUACGCAUCACCACCCUAGCUUGUCCGCGAACUCGCCCUGGCUGCUUGCAUCGUAUAGACAGGUGUCAGGUCAGUACGAGUAUGCCGAGGUCGAAGAAGAUAAAUGUGCGUGCGACUAGCAUUCGGAGUGUCAGCCAAUAUCUGAUACCAUCUUCGUUAUGCUGUAUCUCAUGCGAACGGGUAUCCUACCUCGUUGCCUCAGUACGCGGGUAGCCAAUUGCCAUUGAACCAUUGUCGAACCUACUCGACUCAGCGGUCAUGACUACCGUGUUGAGCGAAUGGUACCCGAUCUUCCAUGCCGUGGGCGUGUCUUUGUGGUUCUCCUGUGUUUAUUUUGGUCUUUCUGCCACCAUGUUUCAAGUUGCUCUCUUGCAUGUUAUGGACUCAUAUGGUCCUUGAAUGCGAUACUUUCUUAUGCAUUGAACUCGGCUGAUUUUCCUUGACUUAACCUCAAAAGGCUUCUCGCCGCGUACACAGUAGCUUUCCCCGCGCGAAGAGUCGUCGACUACUACAUCGAGUCAUACAAGACGCUCGCCGGCUUGUAUGGUCUGCAACGGAGACUAACAUCGAGGGUACGGUCUGGGUAGCCUGAGGUGC